AUGGCUCAACUGGUCGGUUUGUUCGGUUAUGAAAUCUUGCACGCGGUGGAUGUAAGGGAGUAUCACCUUGAAGGCUUCAGCAGGAUCCUCAGGCACAACGACAGCAACAUGUUCGUGGAGAAGAUCGAGAGGGGCAGCAACGUGAGGAAGCUGCUGAAGAAGCUCGAGAUGCUUAGCAAGGCUUGCAGCAAUAACCACAUCUCUGGCUUCUGCUGCGUGGCGGAAAGGACGAGGCUGGUGGCUUCCAAGGAGGAUGUCGGGAAGCUCCACAGGGUUGGGAUGACCGUCAAGUCCUUUGUAGAGAUGAAUUUCAAGAGGAUAGUCAAGGAUCUGGUCUGA